GAGUGUUGGAUUUCUGGGAUGAUGUAGGAAGAUUUUUUGGUUGCUUUGGACGAGGAUAAUGUCGAAGUUGAAGGCUGGUCUCAGUUUCCUACGUUUGUUUCGUGGGGUUUGUUGUUAUUUUCUUCUGCAUUUCUGGUGACAUUUGCUGUUUUUUGCACUGGGAACCAUCUCUUAUGGAGUCCCCUGAGAGAAUUAAAGAUCAUUUUCUAAGUUUCCAGAUUGCUUUCUGAGAGGAAUAAUCAAUAAUGCUUAUGCCAUUAGGAGCCAUUUGGGGGUGGAAUUUGGUUUCGAGUUUUAGCUCUGGACUUCUGAUUGUGAAAAUAUGGGUCUGGGGAUUUACUUCGAUGAGAGCAAAGAAUAUAGUUGUUGCACAUGGUGGCCUCUACCUUGAGUCCUUGAUUAAAGCAUGCCCUUCAAGUUCUCUAAUCGAGGUUCCUCUCCUCAAGGUGUUACGCGACUUCGCAGCUUUGGGUGUGAAUUUGGAUAACUUUUUUAGCUAUUCAUCGUCUUGUUUGCGCUGUUAUGUGAUUGUCAGUGGCUUUUCCUUUUUCUGGGGGGUGUAAUUCCUCUAAAGUAAGGAGCUGGUGAUACUUUAUGCCAUUCUGGUGUUAAUAGAAUAAAUUAUGGAGCUUUGGAGUUGCUAAUCCCAUCUUCCAGUGGAUGAUAGCAAUAGCCUGCCUAAAUGUUGGUAUGAGCUAUGUAUUUUCGUGAAUUCGAAAGGAACAUGCUUCACAUGCAAAGUCCUCACGUUCCACAAAAUCCUUGACUUGGGAGCACCUAAUAAGAACCAGUCAAGGUAUAGUGUCAGUUUCAGUAUUUGGGGAUCCAGACAAGCCAGCCCUCGUGACUUAUCCUGAUUUAGCACUAAAUUAUAUGUCAUGUUUCCAAGGACUAUUCUUCUGCCCAGAAGCAUAUUCUCUACUGCUCCACAACUUCUGUAUAUAUCACAUUAGCCCUCCCGGGCACGAGUUAGGAGCUGCCACUAUGAGCCCCGAUGAUCCUGUUCCCUCUGUUGAUGACUUGGCAGAUCAGGUUGCUGAGGUUCUCAACUUCUUUGGACUUGGAGCUGUGAUGUGUAUGGGGGUCACAGCUGGAGCUUACAUCCUAACGCUGUUUGCUAUGAAAUAUAAGCAGCGGGUUAUUGGUCUUAUACUUGUUUCUCCUCUAUGCACAGCACCAUCAUGGACAGAAUGGUUGUUAAAUAAGGUGAUGUCAAAUUUACUUUAUUUCUACGGCAUGUGUGGAGUGGUCAAAGAAUUACUGCUUAAGAGAUAUUUUAGCAAGGAGUUGCGCGGUUGUGCCCAAGUACCCGAGUCAGACAUAGUUCAAGCCUGCAGAAGAUUACUGGACGAGAGACAGAGUUCUAACGUUUGGCGUUUUCUUGAGGCAAUUAAUGGGAGGCCAGAUAUAAGUGAAGGGUUAAGAAAAUUGCAAUGUCGCUCCCUUAUCUUUAUUGGCGAGCACUCUCCAUUCCAUUCGGAGGCCGUUCACAUGACUUCCAAGAUGGAUAGAAGAUGUACCGCAUUAGUAGAGGUUCAGGCGUGUGGGACGAUGGUAACUGAGGAGCAGCCUCAUGCCAUGUUAAUACCAAUCGAGUAUUUUCUCAUGGGAUAUGGCCUGUACAAGGCUUCCAAAGUAAGCGUCAGUCCAAGGAGCCCUUUGAGUCCGUCGUGCAUUUCUCCGGACCUUCUAUCCCCUGAAAGCAUGGGCUUGAAAUUGAAACCGAUCAAGACACGGAUCCCUUUUGAAGUAUGAAAGGAGAUGGGAGUCGAAGGUGCUGUCUUGCUUUUCUUUUGUAAUUUACAUACUUCGAGAGUACCUAUUUUCCUUUGAAUUGGACUGUAAUGGUAUAGGAUCUAGAGUGUAGAUAAAGAGAAAGAAGAGAAAGGAGAGUCAGGAGGCAAAUUUUGCAAGAAAGAAGAAAGUCGAUUCUUUCAUUUGUAAGCGUAACCGAUAGUUGAGGGGGGGUUCAGUAUCUGUAAAUCUCUGGAAUAAUCACUUUAUCUGGAUCUUGGCAAGCAAAUAAAUUGCAAAU